AGAGAAACAAUCGGCAACCGGAUUUUCAAGAACAAGAAGAAGCAUAUCUAUAAACCCUAGAUUGAAAAUUUUCAGGUCUUCGGAUUCCAAAAUCUCGAAGACCUUAACGAUAAAUUAGUGUCUCAGGAGUGAAUGUUUGUUUGAAUUCUCUGUUUGAUCAAUGGGAAAUCGUGGACAGAAACGCUCAGAGAUGGGUGAUGAAUUACCGGCAGAUAAACGGGCCUGUAGUUCAUUGGAGUUUAGACCGAGUUCAUCGAACUCAUCAGUGCAUUCCAUGCAAGUGCAUUCCACGAAUUCUACACCUGAAACUCAUGAAGGUGAUAUGGAUACUUCAUCGUCUGCCUCGGCUUCAGAUGGAGAACCAGAUAAGGACUCAACGUCUUGUGAUUCUGAUGAUACAGGGUCAAGAAGGCGCAGUAUCCUUCGUGAUUACCAAAGGCGGAGAUCGUCUACUGAUCAUGGGAAAUUGAGUGGGAUUUUGUCUAAUUUGAAUGAAGAAAAUGAGCAAUCUGGAUUUUUGGCUGCACUAACUCAGCUUUGUGAAGUGUUGUCAUUUACAGAGGAUUCUCUUUCUGGUUCAGUGGCAGAUUCUUUGUCUCCGCUUCUUGUAAAGCUAACAAAGCAUGAGAACAAUGCAGAGAUAAUAUUAUUGUCUGUAAGGGCUAUAACUUAUCUAUGUGAUGUGUUUCCUAGAUCAUCUAGUUUCCUUGUCCGGCACGAGGCUGUUCCUGCUCUUUGUGAAAGAUUGUUGGCAAUUGAGUACGUGGAUGUAGCUGAGCAGUGUAUCCAAGCAUUGGAGAAAAUAUCUCGCGGGCAACCACUUGCUUGUUUACAGGCGGGGGCUAUUAUGGCUGUUCUAAAUAUUAUUGAUUUCUUCCCAACAAGUAUACAGAGAGUUGCACUUUCAACUGUUGUGAACAUAUGUAAGAAACUUCCUUCUGAUACUACUUUGAAUCUAAUGGAGGCCAUUCCAAUAGUGUGUAGUCAUCUUCAGAACGAGGAUCGGCAGUUGGUCGAAAGUGCAGCCACUUGCUUGAUUAAAAUAGCAGAGAGGAUGAGCCAGUCUUCUGAUAUGCUAGACGAACUUUGUAAAAAUGGGCUGAUUAAUAAAGUCACUAACCUCAUCGACUCAAAUAGCCGGACUACCUUAUCCCAGCCUAUUUACAAUGGUUUAAUUGGAUUACUUGUAAAACUUUCUUCUGGUUCAUGUGUGGCUUUCAAGCAAUUGUAUGAGCUAAAUAUAAGCAGCAUAUUGAAGGAUGUCUUGUCUACUUAUGACCCGUUGCAUGGAAUGUCUUCCCCACAUCUGUUUGAUGGAAGUUGCAAUCAGGUUCAUGAAGUUCUGAAGUUGCUGAAUGAAAUGCUCCCUUUGUCAGUGAGGGAUCAAGGGAACCAGCAGAUGUUGGAUAAAGAAUCCUUUUUGGUUAGUCAUCCUCAUCUUCUACAAAAGCUUGGAAUGGAUAUACUUCCCAUUUUGAUCCAGGUGGUUAAUUCUGGUGCAAAUCUAUUCAUCUGUUAUGGUUGUCUAUCAGUUGUAAGAAGGUUGGUUUACUUGAGCAAAUCUGACAUGCUUACUGACUUGCUUAAGAGUGCCAACAUUUCAAGUUUUCUGGCUGGAAUAUUUACUAGAAAGGAUCACCAUAUCCUCAUGUUAGCUCUACAGAUUGCUGAGGUGAUCCUUCAAAAGCUCUCUGAUGUUUAUUUGAACUCUUUUAUCAAAGAGGGUUUGCUCUUUGCCAUUGUUACACUCUUAUCACCGGAGAAAUGUUCACAAUCCAUGUUUAUGGUGAAUGGUGGCAUUCAUCUGCCAUUUGAUUCAAGUCGAAAGACUUCUCGAAGAGAGGUCCUGAAAUGCUUAUGUUAUGCUUUUGACACUGGACCAUCUCAUUCAGCAUCAGAAACAGGACAUUGCAAGAUUGAAGAGGAUUCUGUUUGCAAUCUUGCAAAGCACAUUAAGACCAGUUACUUUGCCCCAGAACUAUUUGAUUCUCAGAAAGGAGUAACUGAUGUUCUUCAAAAUCUUAAAGACCUUUCUGAUGCCUUGAGUGAUUUGAUGAACAUGCCUAUUAAUGGUGAUGCCCCAGCUGAAGAUCAAGAAAAGUUUUACUCUAUAUUGCACCAGAUAAUGGCGAAGAUUUGUGGAAGAGAACCUGUUUCAACUUUUGAAUUUAUUGAAAGUGGAAUUCUGAAGUCACUAGUAAAUUACCUAUCUAAUGGUCUGUAUCAGAGUGAUGAAGUGGAACUUAAUGGUGUGAAUGGUCAUUUGUGUGUUCUGGGAAAGAGAUUCGAGGUGUUUGCUAGGUUGCUUUUGUCUUCUACAGAUUUCCUCACCGAGGACUUGCCUUUGAUUGUGAUGAUACAAAAAUUACAAAGUGCUUUGUCUUCAUUGGAAACUUUCCCUGUUGUUUUAAGCCAUGCAUUCAAGCAUAGAAACUCAUGUGCUAUUGUCCCAAGCAGACGCUCCACAACUUAUCCUUGUUUUCGAGUUCGUUUCAUUAGAGGAGAAGAGGAGACAUGCUUAUGCAAUUAUUCUGAAGAUGCCCUGACUGUUGACCCUUUUUCCUCUUUGGAUGAGAUUGAAAAUUUUCUGCGGCCUAAAGUUUUUGCAAAAAGAACAGAACAUGUUGAAACAGAAGAUCUGGCUUUGGAGCAGAUGGAUUAUCAAUCUCUUCAUUUACCAGUGAAAGCAAACUCUAGUCAGGGCAAGAGUUCUGGUUUUGUGGACGCUGAUAUCACCUCCACUGUUUUGGCUGAGAUGCAGGAAGAUGAGGUUAAGUUUUCAGAGUUUGCUUAUGAACAGGUGGUACAUUUAAGUCAAACAAACCAUGACCAGAUGACUACUUUGGAUGAAACCAAUGUUGGCUUUGCUCUGCAAGAACAACAAUUUCCUUCAGCAUCAGAUAUCAAUGUAGAAAUUCAGUCUUCUUCAUCUGGUGGCAAUGAAGAUGUUUCACCUCGUCUGAUACUUUACCUAGAAGGGCAUCAACUAGACCACACAUUGACAUUAUAUCAAGCAAUUCUUCAGCAACAACUGAGAUCAGAAAAUGAAAUGGUUAUGGGGGCAAAUUUUUGGAGUAAGGUAUACACAAUUACUUAUAGACAGGCCAUGGAAUCUAAGGAAAGUGAUCCUCAAAAGGAAAAAUGCUCAAGACAAAGUUCUUCUCUGUCAGAUGAACUUGGUCCCUCAAUGCAGAAUACUGCCUUUAUGUCCAGAAUGUUCCGUUGUGAACUUGCUUCUGGUUUAGAUAAGUCUAGUCCUAUUUAUGACAUACUGUUUCUGCUUAGAAGUUUCGAAGGCAUGAACAGGUGCUCAUUUCACCUUGUUUCCUCUGAAAGAAUACAUGCAUUUGCUGAAGGGAGACUGGAUAGCCUGGAUAAUUUGAAGGUGUUAGUUCAUUCAGUGCCACAAAAUGAAUUUGUAAGCAGUAAGUUGACAGAAAAACUAGAACAACAGAUGAGGGAUUCUUUUGCUCUGUCAACUGGUGGUUUGCCUUUGUGGUGUAAUCAAUUAAUGACUUCUUGUCCAUUCUUAUUUGGUUUCGAUACACGAUGUAAGUACUUCAGAUUAGCUGCAUUUGGUCCGAGGAAAGAUCAGACUCGUCUGGUGCCUAAUAACAGUUUAGGGGGUUCAAGUGACCGGCAACUUUCUCCUGGGAGUUUGCCUCGUAAGAAGUUUUUAGCUUCACGGGACCAGAUUUUGGAGUCUGCUGCCAGAAUGAUGGACUUGCAUGCCCACAAUAAAGUACUUCUUGAAGUGGAAUACAAGGAAGAAGUUGGCACUGGUCUUGGACCCACUUUGGAAUUUUUUACCCUUGUUAGCCAUGAAUUUCAGAAGCCUGACCUUGGCAUGUGGAGAGAUGACCACAGUUCAUUUUCUACUAUGAAAAACUACUGUGUUGGGAAUUCUGGGAUAACUCCUUUUGGACUCUUUCCCCGUCCAUGGUCACCUACAUCAGAUGCUUGCAAUGGGAUUGAGUUCCCUGAAGUACUAAAAAAGUUUGUUCUUUUGGGGCAAAUUGUGGCAAAGGCUAUUCAGAAUGGAAGGAUACUGGAUCUACCCUUCUCCAAAGCCUUCUAUAAACUUAUUAUUGGGCAGGACCUUAGUUUGUAUGACAUCCAAUCAUUUGACCCUGAGCUAGGUAGGACACUGCAAGAGUUUCAGGCUCUUGUUAAUAGGAAAAAAUAUGUGGAAUCUGUGUGUGGAGAAAACUCAACAUUUCAAUUUGAGGUGUCAUGCUUUCGGAAUGCCAGAAUUGAGGACCUCUGUCUUGACUUUACUCUUCCUGGGUAUCCAGAUUAUGUUCUUUCUGACCACGAUCAAACAGUAAAUUUGGCUAACUUGGAAGAAUAUGUUAAGCUUGUUGUGGAUGCUACCAUAAAAAGUGGAGUUUCGAGGCAGGUUGAAGCUAUUAAAUCUGGAUUUAACCAGGUUUUUCCAAUCGAGCACCUCCAGAUAUUUACUGAAGAAGAACUUGAGCGUUUACUCUGUGGAGAACAAGAGUCUUGGACUUUCAAUGAACUUUCGGAUUAUGUCAAGUUUGAUCAUGGAUACACCGCUAGCAGUCCUCCAAUUAUCAGUAUACUGGAAAUCAUGAAGGAGUUUGACCAUGAGCAAAGACGAGCAUUCCUGCAGUUUGUGACAGGCGCACCUCGACUUCCUCCAGGGGGUUUGGCAUCCUUACAUCCAAAAUUGACAAUUGUCUGCAAGCAGAGUAGCAAUUGUGCAGAUGCAGACCUACCUAGCGUAAUGACUUGUGCCAACUACCUGAAGUUGCCACCUUAUUCUUCAAAAGAGAGAAUGAGAGAGAAGCUCUUGUAUGCCAUAACUGAGGGGCAAGGCUCAUUCCACCUUUCGUAGUUUUUGCAGGUACAUAACUCAUAAAUUUGUAAUUAUUAGGCAGAUGAUGGUGGUGUACAUAAUAUGGGGGUGGUGAGAGAUGGUGGUGGUAAAACUUACGACGAUUGGAAGAGGAGCAGAUUGUCAUCAAACAAGAGGAAGCUCCAUCAUCACUGACUGGUAUUUUGGUUGAGUGUGUAAAGAUUGGAAAUACAGAUAGUUUUUAGGUUGAAGUUGGGGGGAAAGGCGUUACAUGGAGUGCUGGAGUAACUCAUAAACGGUGGUCUUUUUGUUCUGCAUUUCCUGUUUUCAAGCCAUGUACAGAAUUAGUAGUUAGAAGAACACUCUCUUGGUUGGCAAAAAAACUAGUUUACAAGUAUGGGAACAUGACGUCCCCUUUUAUGUCAUGGAAAUAUUUGGUCAUAAAAUUUGAGUGUUUCUUUUAUUUUCU